AGAGGAGCAUGCAUAUUUAAAAGACGUUGAACUAGCUUAAGAAGUCAUUCAGGAGGAGACUUGAACUGCAUAGCGAUGUUCAACUUACUGAAGUUCACACUUUGCAGCGCAAUAUUUUUCUUGUCUGUUUCUUGUACACCAAGAAAAGCCGCCAUCAAGGUAAGAAAUAUAUUUGAGUUUUUCCUUGAACAUAGCCUCGUGGUCUCUGUAAAAUAACGAUAACUAAUAUUUUACAGAAUUACACGUUGUGUGUUUGAGCUCAACUUUAUCGCGAUGGAAGCAUGAUCCCAAUUUUCAAAUAUUUUUCUCCCUGGUCAAUUUUCUGAAGAGAUAACAAGGAAAGUCGCCUUUUUAUGAUAACUUAAGAAAGGUUCAAAGAAGGAGAAAGAACAAAUAAUUUUCUCCCUUUUUUCUAUCUUGAUUAAUAUUCUGUUUGUUGACGUUUUAUGAGCAGCACGCGAUAAUCUGACAUUAGAAUGAGCCGUAAUUUAGAAUUCUUUCUGUAGUUCUUUGCAGCCAUGGUAAUGAACCCUCCCAUUUAUAAAACGGCGUGAUCCGGGAUCUAUAGGCUCCAUUUCCAGAAUAUAAAAUAACAUGAUCGUCAUAUUUUAAAACUAGGAGAAAGUUUAAAGUUUUAAAGUUCGGUUUAUGAUAAUCUCCUAUUCGAUGCUAAAAUCUCAGAAGCCAUUUUUGGCGGGAGUGUUUUAAAAUGCGUUGUGACAGAGGACACUCUUUCUUUUUCUUGAAUAAACUUUGUUGUCAAGAAAUGUUGUACUCAUAUAUCUGUUGCUGUGGCUGGUAGCGUGGUGUUAGUUUUCUUGAAUUAGCUCCACGAUCAACUACAAAGCACCAACGUACUCUUAAUUGCAACAAAGAAUUCCCUGCAAACUCGAUCCGUAGUCAAUCCCGUCGAGGUUCUUUUUCGGUCAGUCGAAUAUACUUCCUGUUUUCUCGGUAAGAGAUAAACGUCGUCAUGGCAACUAAAAAAUAACUUUCUGACCGGCGAGUCACAUCUCAAUUUAAGCGAACUUCCGGGUUUUAAGGUUUGACUUUUUUGAUAAAAAUCACCCGUUUGCAUGGAUUCUUUAGUAACUGAACAACAAACAGCGAGCCUUGUGGACACUGAGCAGUGUAACAACUUUUCCGAAUUCCCAUCGUAAACUUCCAUUAUGACUUCUAUUAAAUUGUCUUUUAAUUUAAAUUAAUUUUGUUUGAUAUUGUUGUUUCUCUUUUUCUGAGAGAAGGAGUUGAAAAAACAAUUGUUAUUUAUUGUCAUCACCAUCAUAACCACUAUUUUUUGUUAUUAUUAUCACAUGAAGUACGAAGAGUCACCGAGACAGAUGCUCCUUCGACUCGAGCCUGGUUACAAACGUUUCCUUGAUUCCAAGAGAGGUAAGGACAGCUGAGCCUGUCAAUUUGAUGACAUUUGUAGAACACCUUUCAGUGUUAAUGUAAAUAACUGUUUUCGCGCCACGUGAUUCAGAGGUUGGCCUCCCCAUCUUAGUUAAUGUGCAAGCAAUCUACUCUGUAGCGAAGAGAGCCUUGAUAAGAAAUCUACGCUUCUACCUGAUUAACGUGACCUAUUCUACGAAUUAGACUCGACUAUGAAGAAACUGGGACUUGUGUCUUACUAAGGCAACUCACAUUGAACGAGAGGGCAGUGGGGAGGGGAGAGUGGAAUUUACCGCAUUGGGCACUGAACGGGACGUGUAGAGUAAUAAACAAACGCUAUUGUCAUUUGCUCUCAGUCAGCCUGUAUACCCCCCAACCCGUCACGCGCUCCCGAGAUAAAAUCGACCGUUGUAAAUCAUUUUUGCCCCGGCGUUAUGCUUAAUAACAUCAACUAAUGCGUAUUUUCUUUCAGAAAAUAACCAGCCUUCCGAAAUAAAGUGUGGGUUGUUCUCAGAAGUCGUCCAAGUUGAACCCGGUGUCACCAAGCUAAGGAAUUCCCCUCAGUUUGUGCAAGUUAAUCGUUGUAAGGGCUCAUGUGUCCAUGCUCUUAUCUUAGAAACAUGUGAACCAACAAAAAUACGCAACAUACCUGUCAGAGUAUCCACUGAAAGUGGCAAUAGUUAUGAAGUAGCCGUGGCAGAUCACGAGGAGUGCAAGUGUACUUGCCAAGCCCAGUGCAAUCCCCAAAUUCAUGUCCUUAAUGAGAAACUAUGUAAAUGCGAUUGCAGUAAGAAAUGUCCAAAUGGGGAAAUGCAAGAUCCAUCUACUUGUAAAUGCAAGGAGUAAACAAGAAAAGAAUUAUCUCGGCUGACCGAGUAUUAGCCAUUUAAAUGAACGCUUUAUAGAUGAUUUAAUGCGUAAAACUUAAGGCUUUAGCGAAAAGCGUUGAAUUUCUCUUUCAGUAAUAAUUUCAAUAAUAAUAUAAUUUAUGCAGUGGAAGCUCUCGUAAGUGGACACCCUCGGGACGCCAGGGACGCGCGGGGGAUGCGAGAAAGGUGCCCAUAAUUCGAGCUGGCCCCUUAAGGAAAUAUAAAAAUACAAAAUUUAUAUGGGAGUUGAUUAAAACCCCGGGGUACCCCCAUAUAAAAGUUACGGGGAUGCUCGUCGGAAAAUUCAAAUUAAACCCUCAAGGGAGACCAAUGUGGGUAUGGCUCAAGCUUAAACUGACCCCUAAAGGAGAUU